AGCUUGCCCAGACCCUGCCACCCCGUGGGGGGUCCCCAGUGUCACCAGUGGCAUCACCACCCGCCCAUGGGUCACCGCCACCCCCGAGGUCCCCGGUGCCACCAGCAUCCCCAGGCUCACCAGCAUCACCAGUGUCACUGGAUGCACCCUUGGGCUCACCAGGGUCUUUGCGGUCACCAGCAGCAUCUCCAAGGCUCCCAGUGGCCCCAGUGUCUCGAGGGUCCCCAGCAUCUGCGAGGUCCCCAGUGUCACCAGUGUCACCGGACUCCCCAGCAGCCCCAGGGUCACCAGCACCCCCAAGGUCCCCAGAGGCACCAGCAGCCCCAAGAUCACCUCCACAGUCCCCAGCACUACCACAGUCCCCUGUGUCACCUCCAGCCCCAUGGUCCCCAGGGCUCCCUGGUGGCCCAUCCCUGCAUGAGCUGGGGGCCAAGCUUUCCUCCUACAAUGGCUCCUUGCUGCAGCGCCUGGAAAGCCACCUUCGGGCCACCAACUUCCCCCUCCGGGGCAACCAGACGGGGCCGGAGGGGGAGCUGCAGGUGCCGGGUGACACAGCACUGGCCCGAGUGCCAGGACUGGUGCCAGGGGCCAUGUACCGCGUGGAGGUGCACGGCCUGGUGCGGGGCCACGUCUCCAAGUCCUACACGUUCCUGGUGACAGCAGGGGUGGGUGGCACCGAGGAGCCGCCACUGGGCUGGGAGCAGAUGUACGAGAUGGAGCUGACAGAGCCCCAAGGAGCCACAGUCAAAGAAGCAGAGCCGGUCCCACCAUCAGAGGAGCCACCAACCAAGCCCCGCCUGGGCGAGCUCAGGGUCUCCAACGUCACGCCCAGCUCCGUGCAGCUGGAGUGGAGCGUCCAUGAGGGCACUUUUGACUCCUUCACUGUGCAGUACCGGGAUGCUCAAGGCCAGCCUCAAGCACUUGCAGUUGAUGGUGGUUCACGCACAGUGACGGUGCCUGGACUGUCCCCAUCCCGCCGCUACAAGUUCAACCUAUACGGGGUGUGGGGACGGAAGCGGGUUGGUCUCAUCUCCACUGACACCAUCACAGCCCCCGAACCGCAGGAGGAGGAACCAGGUCCACAGCCAGUGCUGGGCGAGCUGAGCGCCACUCAUGUCACCUCUGACUACGCGCAGCGGGAGGUCCCCAAGGGCACCUUUGACUCCUUCACGCUGCAGUACCGGGAUGCACAAGGCCAGCUCCAGGUGCUGCCCGUGGACGGGGGUUCCCGCACGCUGACAGUGCCGGGGCUGUCCCCGUCCCGCCGCUACAAGUUCAACCUGUACGGGCUGUGGGGUCGCACACGCCUGGGCCCCGUCUCCACCGACACUGUCACAGACUCACAAUUGCUGGAGGGACAUGAAUGGGUCCAUCUCCUGAAUUGUGGCCUCUCUGUUGCAGCCCCAGCUCCACAGGAGAAGAAGCCACUGACCAAGCCCCGCCUGGGUGACCUAAUUGCCUCUCACGUCACCUCUGACUCCGUGCAGCUGGAGUGGAGCGUCCCCGAGGGCACCUUUGACUCCUUCACACUGCAGUACCGGGAUGCACAAGGCCAGCUCCAGGUGCUGCCCGUGGACGGGGGUUCCCGCACGCUGACAGUGCCGGGGCUGUCCCCAUCCCGCCGCUACAAGUUCAACCUGUACGGUCUGUGGGGUCGCACACGCCUGGGCCCCGUCUCCACCGACACCGUCACAGCUCCACAGGAGGAGGAACCAGGUCCACAUCCAGUGCUGGGUGAGCUGAGAACCCCUCACGUCACCUCUGACUCCGUGCAGCUGGAGUGGAGCGUCCCCGAGGGCACCUUUGACUCCUUCACGCUGCAGUACCGGGAUGCACAAGGCCAGCCCCAGGUGCUGCCCGUGGACGGGGGUUCCCGCACUCUGACGGUGCCGGGGCUGUCCCCGUCCCGCCGCUACAAGUUCAACCUGUACGGUCUGUGGGGUCGCACACGCCUGGGCCCCGUCUCCACCGACACUGUCACAGCCCCCGAACUGCAGGAGGAGGAACAAGGUCCGCAGCCAUUCAACCUGUACGGGCUGUGGGGUCGCACACGCCUGGGCCCCGUCUCCACCGACACUGUCACAGCUCCCGAUCCAGAAGAGGAGAAGCCACAGACCAAGCCACGCCUGGGUGACCUAAGAGCCUCUGACGUCACCUCUGACUCCGUGCAGCUGGAGGGGAGCGUCCCU